AUGUCUUUGUGGUUCCUCUUCCUCUUUCUGUGGUUACAACUACCUUCGGCUGAGGGAAAGCAAGAAACUGUUUGUGCUGUGACUGAUCCUUUCCAGUUCCCAUUUGAGUAUAAUCAGAAAGGUGACCAAAUCAUCGGAGAGAUAACAUCUCAGCUUGGCUUUGUAUUUGAUGAGUUGUCUUUCAGUGAGCACCCUAAAACCGAGUCAGUUUAUGAACUUCUGGCUAUCUCGAAGAAAUAUCAGCAUAUACUGUCCUUGGUAUUUGCUGUGAAGGAGAUCAAUGACAACACAAAGAUCCUAACAAAUGUCACCCUGGGCUUUCACAUCUAUGACAGCUAUACAAAUGCGAGAAUGACUCACCAGAACACAUUGAAGCUUCUGUCCACCACAGAAAGGAUUUUUCCCAACUUCAAAUGCGACAAGAAAAAGAAUCUGAUAGCGGUUAUUGGAGGACUUGACUCCGACAUUUCCCUUCACAUGGCUAUUCUCUUAGGCAUAUACAAGAUCCCACAGCUUAACCUUUUCUUGAAAAGCAUCUCAUUUAACAACAGUGGGGGUGAUACCGUUUCUUUUGAUGAGAAUGGUGAAUUAGCAUCUGGAUACGAUAUUGUAAAUUGGGUGAUUUUCCCAAAUCACUCCUUUUUCAAGGUGAAAGUAGGAAUGAUGGACCCAUGGGCAUCACCAGGCCAAGAAUUCAGAGUGAACGAGAAGGCCAUCACAUGGAACAGUGCAUUUAAUCAGGCGCUUCCCCUUGCCAGGUGUAAUGACCACUGCCAUCCUGGCUACAGCAGAAAAAAGAAAGAGGGAAAGCCAUUUUGUUGCUAUGAUUGUGCUCCAUGUCCAGAAGGGAUGAUUUCAGACAAAAAUGACAUGAUUACUUGCUUCAAGUGCCCAGAAGAUUGCUUCCCAAACAAGGAACAAGAUCAAUGCAUCCCUAGGCUCCUGAAUUUCCUCUCUUUCUCAGAACCUUUCGGUAUCACUUUAUCUCUCUUGGCUCUGUCUUUUUCUUUGAUCACUGCUUUUGUGCUCAGAGUCUUCACUAAGUAUCAAGACACUCCCAUUGUCAAGGCCAACAAUCGGGACCUCACCUAUGCUCUGCUCAUCUGCCUAUUGUUCUGCUUCCUCUGCUGCUUCCUAUUCCUUGGCUGGCCUCACACAGUGACCUGCUAUUUAAGACAAACAGUUUUUGGAGUCAUCUUCACUGUGGCUCUUUCAAGCAUAUUGGCAAAAACUGUCACUGUGGUUUUAGCAUUUGCAGUCACCAAACCAGGAUCCAGGAUGUUGAAAUGGGUUGGGAAACAAAUUUCCCAUUUCAUUCUCUUUGGUUGCUCCUUUGUUCAAGUCUGUAUUUGUACUGUAUGGCUAAGUACUGCUCCUCCCUUCCCAAAUUUUGAUAUGCACUGCCUGGCAGAAGAAAUAAUAGCAGAAUGCAAUGAAGGGUCAGUUUUUAUGUUCUAUUGUGUCUUGGGGUACUUGGGAUUUCUGGCCACGGUCAGCUUCACUGUGGCAUUUCUGGCCAGGAAGUUGCCGGACAGCUUCAAUGAGGCCAAGUUCAUCACUUUCAGCAUGUUGGUGUUUUGUAGUGUUUGGUUGUCCUUUGUGCCCUCUUACCUGAGCACAAAGGGGAAAUACAUGGUGGCUGUGGAGAUUUUCUCUAUCUUGGCCUCCAGUGCUGGGUUGCUGGGUUGCAUAUUUGCCCCUAAAUGCUACAUAAUAAUUCUGAGGCCUCAUUUGAACACUAAGGACCAAUUAACCUGGAGAAAAUAUUAA